GAACUGAAAUUAAAAAACAAACAAGACUUGCUGUUCCUGUCAAUAGACUGCGCGGCUCCACAGACACUAACACAACCGAUUUCAAUUCAUUUAAUUGAUUAUAUUUUGGCUAAUGAUUUGCCAUUGUUAAACAAGUUGAACGUUUGUUGAGUCCCAACGCAAGUCGCGGAUCAAACGCUGAAUCACUCUUGUUCUGCAACCCAUUGUGGAAUGUUUCGCCGUGCGCUUGGAAAGACUGUGGGAUUUGUUGGCUACACCAUCCAGUAUGGCUGCAUCGCACACUGUGCCUUUGAAUACAUUGGGGAGUUUGUCUCUUGCACUGGGCCGUCCAUGGAACCCACCAUCACAAGCAAUGACAUAGUCUUCUCCGAACGGAUAAGUAGGCAUCUUUACAGAAUAGAAAAGGGAGACAUCGUAAUAGCCAAAAGCCCCUCCGACCCGAAGAUGAACGUCUGCAAACGAGUGAUUGGGCUGGAAGGAGACAAAGUGUGCACCAGUGGCCCCUCGGACAUCUUCACGACCCACACUUACGUACCGAAAGGGCACGUAUGGCUAGAAGGGGAUAACCUUCGGAAUUCCACAGAUUCCCGAAGCUAUGGCCCAGUUCCCUAUGCCCUAAUCCGAGGGCGUGUGUGCUUAAAGUUGUGGCCCAUGAAUAACUUUGGUUCCCUGAAUGAGAGUCCAAAUGGGAGGAUUCCACGAAGUAGCUGACACGAUGUCGGCCUCUGUAUAUAAAACGGUUUUCUAAUGUUUUUAAAUAAAUAUUUAUGAAUAA